AUGGCACUUUUGGAAUUUUUAUUAGCAAAAAUUAUAUUAGAUGAAUCACGCAAAAAUUGGAAAGUGAUUGGAUACUUUAAUGAUCAAAAAGCAUCGGAAAACACGGUAGAGAUUUCUUUGAAGAAGAAGGAUUUAGUGAAGAUUUGGAUGUACGAAUCAUGGUGCAGAGAAAGAUUUUCGACACCGCAGACGCCUCCAAAUAGGACAUACUUGAACAUGAUUAAUGAAUGUCGUUUAAAAUUAGCUAGUAAACCUCUAAAACGUGAUAAUGUCGCACCAGAAGAUCGUAAAAGAUUACCGAGCGAAAAAAAAUUGAUUGACGAAGCCGAGGCAAGUGAAAAGCUGGGCGAUGAAGACGAACAACUUUAUGAUGAUGAGUCAGAGAAUCAUCAGCAUGGCGGAACAAAUAAAGCGAUAUAUUGCGCGAAUACACCACACUUAAUGAUGAUUUCAAAAAAAAGACUGAAGGAUGAAAAUCGCAAGACGGACGAAAAAGAAAUUGGAGAGAAACGACCAAUGACGGAGACGCCACCACCACGAAAGCCGAAAAAUUUUAGAGGAUAA